AUUUCAGUUCCCGGCAGCCCUGGGCCCAGUGCCAGAACCUCAGCAAGAGCCAGCCCUUCCCUCCCCACAGGGCAGCUGCAGAAGUCCCUCCCUCUCCAGGACUCUCUAUAUACUCUCUCCAUCUCCUCCACUUUAGACUUUCUGCACAGUCAUCUCCCUCCUGAGCCAGAGGCAUCAGCCCCGGGGGGAGUCAGCCCUGGUAAGGAGUCUUGGACCUUGGGAAACAAGGAAGGCCAGAAGGGGGAUUCCUUCUUCACACCCCCUCCUUCAAGAUGGGCAACAUCCAGGAAAGACCCUCAGAACUGAUCCAGCGGGAGCGAAGACGCCUGGUGGAUACCUUGAAAAAUGACUCACGCAUCCUACUGGAUGGGCUUUUUGCUCGAGGUGUCAUCUUUGUGAAUGAAUAUGAGUCCUUGGAUGCCAUGGAUGACCCUGAGCGCAUGGUACGCAAGAUACUUCUGAUAGUUCAGCAGAAAGGAGAAUUUGCUUGUCAGGAGCUGCUGAAGUGCGCCUCUGAGAUCCACCCUAAGGACUCCAGAGACCCUUAUUGGAACUGGAAGCUUACACCAGAGGGAUAUGGCCAUCAGCGCCGGAGAAGUCAUGAUUCAUGCUGGGAGGGCGACCGGAGUACUGAGUACUCAGCUGGGGGCAUGUGUAUUGGGAUUCCUAAUCCUGGAGAGGAGGAUAAGCCUGAUGAUAAUGAGGGACAGGAAAUCUUAGAGGUAACAGAAAAGGAUGUUCCUGAGGACCAAGAGACUCCAAAGGACCCAGAGCCAGGGUCCAAAGCUCCAGAAAACGUUGAGCUUGUGGAGGAGCCAGAAAACGAUGACUUUCCAGGAUGGGAUGUGGAGCCAGAGUCAGAGCAAGGAGAUGUGGAAGAUGAGUAUGAAGAUUUCUGAUGGAGCCAACUAAAAUGACCACUAUCCCAUCCUACCUGCCAGAUGAGGGAGGGAGGCCUUCUUUGGACUAGGAGAACGAUCAGGUUGGGGAACCUAGCCUCCAGCAUUCCUGCACAGCUAAGGCUUGGGGUCUGGGUUGUUCCUAUUUUGGUUUGAAUAAACUCUUAAUGAAGGGUCCAGAGCAGGACCAGAUUCAUAUUAUUGAUGAGAAAAGUUAUGCUUUCUA